UCCAGAAGUAUGCGCACCACGAUGUCGCACAACCUGAAUCCUAACCGCUACAUACAUACUAUGUUCGGGUUGUGCGCAUACUUCAGGAGGUCCGUUUAUUUUAUGGCUUGUGUCUUAAUAUCUUUCUGACAGGCUAGGCCAGUGUGGUGCAAGGUUGUCGGCUCUGCGAGCCACAAAAUUAUUUUUGCAUUGUUCGCGGACCACAAUAAUACUAAGAAUAGGUAAACAGUGCAAUACAAUACAAACACUUUUAUUGCAACAACCCAUGCAAAAACCGCCACAAAAAUUUACUAGAACCUGCAAAAGUCUUUCUAUAUCUACAAAAAUGCUUUCGCAAAUGUACGUGCUUUCGAACAUCGAUAGAUUUUCAAUGCAAAAUCCUAACUUUGGAAAAUGCUCAUUGCUCACAAGAUUCUAAAUUGCCGUUUAAAAUUCAAUUGUUUUUUCACCGACACAACUUGCAGACAUAUCAAAAAAGAAUUGUGGCAUUUUCCUUCCCGCAUCCAAUUAAAAAUUGGUUUGAAUUUGUCUGGUUUCAUACUCAUGUUUACAAAAUAACUUACAUAUAUAUAUAUAACUACAGAUUGAUUGAUUACACAAUGUGAGGUACAGAAGGGUAAUUAGUAAACUUUUUGAUAUAUAGGCAACAUUUUUUGUAAUACUAUUUAGGCUGGUUGCAAAAAACAACAGGCAUGAGUUAUAUUGUUAGGCCAUAACAUUAAUAUUUAUUUAUCAGACAUAGCGUCAGAAUCCGCAUUCGAUUUUCGGUUUUCUCUGAUGCCAAAAUUGUCAGCAUAUAUUCCCGACCAAAAUGAUAUAAAGCCAAUAAACAAUUUAGACUGCCAAGCCCAUCAUUCAACUUCGUUAGUUGCCUCAACUAGCCAUAACACUAGUCAAUUCAGUGACAUUAUUGAUGUAACAAUAUGUCAAAAUAUUUUUGGUUAAUUUUAUGACGAAACAACACAAAAAUGAUUACUCUCCAAAUGCGACGCGCGCCACAGAAAAUGAAGCUGCGGGCCUGGGUUCGGACCACCCUGGGCUAGGCGCUCAUUAGUCAAAAAAACUCAACUGCUGCGCGCAGUAAUCCCGAAUAGGAAAUAUGAUGAUACGUUAGGCCAUUGCUCGAGUGACCGAUGCCAAAACACGUCAUUCAUAAACUCUUCCAGUGGCAUCAUUUCGGAACCUAUAUAUCCCUCAUCAUCAGAAGCUGGGAUGUACAGCUGUUGGAAUUUUCUUGAACCAAGCAUUGAAAAUUAUGCAUUGGUUAUAAAUAUCAACGAGGUCGAUUUUAACAGUAGUACAACUCUUGAAUUUAAAGGGACAUCGCUACUUUACAGGAAAAAAAAAGCUCCACAUUGCAUUCUAUACAAAUUUGACGAAGCGUGCAAUACAAGUUAUAUCACAGAGAAGAUGUUUGCUAUAUAUUCUGAAUGCAGUUCUUCAUACUAUUAUCUUAAUAUUAAACCUCCCGUUCGUAUCGAACUUUCUUCAGAAAUCGGUUCAGAAACGAAAUGGAAGGAAACAGGAUUAACUUUUAAUCUGAAAUACAGUUUUAUAAAAUGUUCCAGGGGGCACACUGCUCCUAAAUCGUCAUCAACGAUGACCAUUGUUCCGAUCAUUAUUCUUGCUGUAUGUCUAAUCCUGUCCCUUAUUGCUUUGUUCAUCUCCAUGCAAAGAUACAAGCGGCUACGGAAAUUCCAAAAUGGGAAUUUUGGUGUUGUCAUCAAUACAAGUAACGAACAUUUAGACAAUGAAAAGGUUGACGUCGUAUCAGAUGAAAGAAAAAUUGUAACGAAUAGACUUUAUGAGCCGAGUGCAGAACAAAACGAUACAUCUGUGGUUUACGCAGCAGUGAAUAAAAAAGAGUAAUUUCGAAGAACUGAUAUUAAACUUCAGGAACAUCACUCGCCUGCCGCAAUUUCAUUUUUUCGCAGGACGACGAUAGAAGUGGUUACGCCACAUUCAUACGCAUACAUAACCAAAUACGAAUAUUCAGUCAAUCCAAUAAAUACAAUCAAUCCGAUAUGUAAAUAUUGCCUAUCAAACGAUAAACAUACACAGCAAUGUUAUUGAACUAUAAAAUACUACAUGGUUAUGCAAAUCAUAUUCUGAAUCAAUGAAUGGCUGCAGUUGAGUCAAUCUGGUAUAUAACAAUGGUACUGUACAGGCAUGCAUAAUCACACCGAGUAUUUUAGAUGAAUAUGCGAAACUGCACGAGCGUUACGUAUUACACAUCGCUUUCGUAUGUCAGUGAGGUGAAUGAACAUUUUGCGCAUGUUCUGUUACCGAUGGCAUUGAAUGAAGGAAAGUGUGGUCUGGUGGGUAUUGCACAAUAACUUGGAAUGAAUGAACUGUGUUUCGAUUAGAAAUAUCUCCAGAAGAUUUAAAAACAGAUUUUGAUAACGAACCACUGUUCUCCAGAAUUCUACGGUUAAUUUGAUGCAAGUUUUUUGACGGUGACUACUGCUUGAUUCAUCGUCAAAACCGCCGU